AUCCCCCACAACAACUUCUAAUCAUAAAAAUUACAUAACAAACUUAAAUCAAAUGAGAAAAAUCGUAAUAACAGGUUACUCUAAUUGUCAGAAGAUAAUUUCAAACCAAAAAACUGGAUAAAGCAAGAUGGACGAGUUUUCACCCGGAACAUUGGAGUGUCAUCGAUGUUUCCGAAUGGCUUGUAUAUGUUUGUAAUCUUCAUAGAAUACCGCGUGAUCAUAUCAAAGAUCUCCAAGAAGCAUUUGAAAAUGUAAACGGAAAAAUUCUAGUCACACUUAACCUGGAAGACUUUCAACUGAAGACGGCAAACUAUGGUGAAAUGUUACAUAAUGUCUUCAAAGAUAUGUGCUCUAAUGUUUCGGUUUCAAAAUAUCCAGCAAUUGACGAAAUUGACACUCCAAAGAAUUUGACGGAGGAAUGCUCAAAUCUUCCUUCUAAAGAUAACCAACCUGAACUUCAGCUUGGAAAAGCAAUAUUAAAUCCACAACAUCACCUCAGGUGGAGCUCAAAAGACGUUGGAGAGGUCCUGCAACAUUUAUGUGGAAAACACAAGAUUCCAAACGAUAGAACAAUAAGAAUAGUUAAGCAGUUUGUCGGAGUUACGGGGAUACAGCUGAAGAAAAUGAGUAAACAAGAAUUCCGAGAAAAAGCAAUGACUGAUGGAGAUUUAUUAUUUCAUGGAUUGAAUCAACUAUUUGAUAUUAGUACACAAUAAAAUCAAGUUAAAUAUU